CUAUAUAGUAAUAACCAGCUCUGAAAUGCUCCUAAGAAGUUAAAAAAAACAAUAGUAUCUUCUCUUGAUUUCUACCGUAAGGACAAGAUAAGAUACUUGGAGUUGCCCAUAUAUGUCUUUUAUACAUAUAUGGAGUUGCCCCUGUAUGUAUCGAACAAUCAAUGUGUCAAAAUGACCGGCACCGGUGCCGUUUAUUCAAGUUGACUGACAUACGUCAUUAACAUAACCUAACUUAUUCUCAAAAACCAUUUUUUGCAAAAAACCACAAUAACAAAGUAAGCAUGUCCGAUUUAAAGGCACGCCGUGAAGCUCGAAUGCAAAAGAUUAUGGAAAAUUCGGCCUCUCGUUUAAAAAAAAUAACAAGCGUAACAGAAUGCGACGACACCACGACAGACCACCUGAGCAUCCACACGAACGGACUAAGCAGUACAAAUUCAACACUUCCCCACUGUUUAACUGAAACCAAAACGUUUCCCAUUAACGAAGUUACAAAUUCAACACUUCCCAACAAUUUAACCGAAACCUCCUUUCCUACUAAUGUAGCUGACAUACCUUCAACAUUUGACGAAUUAUUACCGGUGCAGGCGAGAUCUAACAACGUACGCGAAUUGGUGCUAAUACUACUUGGUUUAUUGACGAGACUCGUGUAUCUGAUCUCGCAACAGUUUGUCACGUUCGAAGCAUUACAACAGUAUAGUUUGAAUAACAUUUUUGUACCAUACUUUCUAUUCGAGGUAUCCGAGUAUACAUUUUUUAAACCCUUCCUUCCACCUUUCCCUUACGAGGGUUUAUUAGGUAUGCUCAAUUUGGGUAUAAGCCGUGAAUAUAUAGAAAAACUGUUAAUAGUCGUUAAAAUAUUCACGCGUAUGGUACAGGAUCUCACGAUCUAUUUAUUUACAUUUGUUUGCUUCGAUCAAGUCUUAGAUUGUUUCUUAAUACGUCAGGAAAUAAGAGUCUAAUAUUUUUAAUUCUAUUUUUAUAAAUUUAUAUUUAAUAAUGUAUGAAAAAAUAAAGAAAACUUAAUUACU